AUGGAGGUAGACCAGGGGCACUACCUGCUGGAUGGAGGACAGAACAGGACUGGACGGGACUGGACUGGAGAAAAGACAGAAUUUAACAAACAACUUGGUACGAUAAACUGGUUGGGGCUUAUUGGUGGGGCGGGUGUGAGCAACUGCACCUGGUGCAUAUUGAAGAGGGUGAUUGUCAACUCCCUGGCGAAGAACCAUUGGAGCAGAAUCAAUGGAAAGACAGUGGCCACUCUUCAACUCAGAGAGGUUGUGAUUGGUGAGGAGACAAAUCGGCGAAUCUGCUGCGGUCGUUCCAUCGCAUCUGGAGUCCAGGACCUGAACCAGGAAGUUGGUCACCAGAUAACACGUUGUGGUGUGGCUGCACUGGACGUGAGCUGGUUUGACAUCAGCAAGUACUUUUUCCCAGCUGCAGAAUUCAUCCAUCAGGCCCUGAGUAAACCAGAGAAUAAGGUGCUGGUCCACUGCCGUCAAGGUGUCAGCCGAUCCUCAACACUUUUCCUGGCAUAUCUGAUGAUCCACCAUGACAUGACGGUGGAGGACGCCAUUGAUCGCGUAAUACGCGAAAGACAGAUUCAACCCAACAUAGGCUUUUUGAAUCAGCUGACACUCCUCGAUUUAAACCUUGUGAGGCAGCGAAAACUACAGUCAAGAAAGGAGUUCAACAUAGAAAACAUAGCGAUGCUUGUUCCAAUAUCUGAAUCUCAGGUGAUGUUAAAAAAGCACAUCGGUUGUAUCAUGACCCACAUGAUGCAACUCCUGCAGAAAUGCACACUGGACUGGACACCAGUCACUGAGGUCUGGUCCAAUGUCUUCAUAGCAAAUGAAAAGACAGCAACAGACAUAGUCAGACUGAAGGAGAUGGGUGUUACUCACAUCCUGAACGCUGCAGCCGUAAAGAAGUGCCUGAAGGUGUUGUUAGGAAAGCCAAGCAAGGAAGACCUGCUAGAAAAGGUCAAUACUGGAGCAAAAUAUUACAAAGGCAUGAACAUCACUUACUACGGUGUGCCUGUAAUGGACGACCACUUGUCUGACAUCAGCAAGUACUUCUUCCCAGCUGCCAAAUUCAUCCACAAGGCCCUCAGUAAACCAGAGAAUAAGGUGUUAUUGCACUGCUCAGAUGGCGUCAGACGCUCUCCCGCACUUUUUCUAGCGUAUCUGAUGAUUCACCGUAAUUUAAUGCUGGAGGACGCCAUUGACUGCAUCAUAAAAAUGAGACGUGUCAGACUCAACAUGGGCUUCGUGAAGCAGCUGACUGUCCUCAAUUCAAAGCUGAUUUGUCAACAAAAACUAUAG